UCUGACUCUGGUCCUUCCACACGUGGGCCAUCAACUCCUGUUUCUUCUGGACCAAGCCGAGAGUGGAGGCCUUCCGGCCGGCACAGCCCAAGGUGCGACUGCGGAGACGCUGCGGAUCGCCGGCCUAGGUUCCCCUGGCCCGGGCAGGCCGUCCUGGGGUCAGCCGGUCGGAGCACGCCGAGACAGAAACAGUCUCCGCCAGUCAAGAAGCUCUCAAAAGCACUUUGCCAUGGACCUAGAAGAUGAAGAGAACAUGAGUUCCAGCAGCACUGACAUCAAGGAGAACCGUAGUCUGGACAUCGUGUCCCCCAAGGACGGCAGUGCCCCUGGGCCUGGUGAGGGCCUGCAGUUCCCUGGUGGGGGCAGCAGUGGUACUGGCCGGAAGCGGCCCCUGGAGGAGGGCAGCAAUGGCCACUCCAGGUACCGCCUGAAGAAGCGGAGGAAAGCGCCAGGGCCCGUGCUGCCCAAGAAUGCACUGAUGCAGCUGAACGAGAUCAAGCCCGGCCUGCAGUACACGCUGCUCUCCCAGACGGGGCCCGUGCAUGCCCCGCUCUUCGUCAUGUCUGUGGAGGUUAACGGGCAGGUCUUCGAGGGCUCUGGCCCCACAAAGAAGAAGGCAAAGCUGCAUGCUGCAGAGAAGGCCCUGAGGUCCUUCGUCCAGUUUCCCAAUGCCUCCGAGGCCCACCUGGCUAUGGGUAGGACCCUGUCCGUGCACACAGACUUCACAUCUGACCAGGCCGACUUCCCUGACACGCUCUUCAAUGGCUUCGAGACCCCAGACCGGGUGGAGUCCUUCUGCAUGGGCUCCAACGGAGACGAGUCCCUCAGCUCCAGCGGGGACCUCAGCCUGUCGGCCUCACCUGUGCCCGCCAGCCUUGCCCAGCCCCCCCUGCCGGGCCCGCCACCCUUCCCGCCGCCCAGCGGGAAGAACCCUGUGAUGAUCCUCAACGAGCUGCGUCCAGGGCUGAAGUAUGACUUCCUCUCCGAGAGCGGGGAGAGCCAUGCCAAGAGCUUCGUCAUGUCCGUGGUGGUGGACGGCCAGUUCUUCGAGGGGUCGGGCAGGAACAAGAAGCUGGCCAAGGCUCGGGCGGCACAAUCGGCCCUGGCCACCAUCUUCAACCUGCACCUGGACCAGACGCCGUCACGCCAGCCCGUGCCCAGCGAGGGGCUGCAGCUGCACCUGCCACAGGUGCUGGCAGAUGCCGUCUCGCGCCUGGUCCUGGGUAAGUUCAGUGACCUGACGGACAACUUCUCCUCACCUCACGCACGCAGAAAAGUGCUGGCUGGAGUCGUCAUGACCACAGGCACAGAUGUGAAGGACGCCAAGGUGAUCAGUGUGUCCACGGGGACCAAGUGCAUCAAUGGGGAGUACAUGAGCGACCGCGGCUUGGCGCUGAACGAUUGCCACGCGGAGAUCAUCGCCCGCCGCUCCCUGCUCAGGUUCCUCUACGCGCAGCUGGAGCUCUACCUGAAUAGCAAAGAGGACCAGAAGAGCUCCAUCUUCCAGAAGUCGGAGCGAGGGGGGUUCCGGCUGAAGGACACCGUGCAGUUCCACCUGUACAUCAGCACCUCUCCCUGCGGAGACGCCCGGAUAUUCUCGCCCCACGAGCCGGUGCUCGAAGGUGUGAGGCUGGACCAGCAGUCAGCAGAACCCUCAGAUCGACAUCCAAACCGCAAAGCGAGGGGACAGCUGCGGACAAAAAUUGAGUCUGGCGAGGGGACGAUCCCAGUGCGGUCGAACGCCAGCAUCCAGACGUGGGAUGGGGUGCUGCAGGGGGAGAGGCUGCUGACCAUGUCCUGCAGCGACAAGAUAGCACGUCCUCGCACCCCAUCAGAAGGCCCAAACCAGAGGAAGUGGCCCGACGUGUACAUCAACGACGUGCGCGUCCGACUUCGUGAGCCGUGUCGGGAUAUGGUGAGCGGGACGGGCUCUGAGGAGUGUCCCGCGGCUUUCCUGCGGGCCAGGUGGUGUCUAGCGUGGGGCAAAGGAUCCUUUGCCUUCCGCUCCCAGGAUCGGCACGAGGCGGCUGAUCUUGGUGGGAUUGCCGACUCUGUGGUCUCUGACGAGGACUGCGUGGUGACCCGGAGUCUCCCAGUUGAUCCAGGCCACCGUCACGCACCUGGCUUGCAGGGGAUGCUGCACACCCUCGGUCAGGUUUGA